AUGUCCAUUAAUGGUUUCAACUGCAGUCAAAGCCUGGUAUCCCUGGAUAACUACGAUUGGUGGGGAUCUGUGCUUCUAUUGACCACUUUGAUACUGCUCUUUGGUUUUCUGACCACUGGUGGAAACAUCCUUCCCUGGGGUCAUCCUAUGGUGAUUACUCUUGGAUUAUCUCUAAUUGCCUCAGCGGGGUUUUUCAUAAUGCUCGAAAAGAAAGCCAAAACACCCAUUCUACCUCUACAACUCUUCACCUCGAGCCCGACAAGAAGCCUUAUGGUGACUGGCUUCAUGUUCUCACUGAUCAACUAUAUGAUAAUGUAUCAUACCACUUUGUUUUUCCAAUCUGUUCUACUCGAGUCGGCCCAGCAAGCCAGUCUUCACCUCAUCAUCCCAUCGGUCUCAUUUACUUUCAUUAGUAUAAUUACAGCGUCGGUUAUCGCUAGACUGAAGACCCCUCUUUACACUCUACGCGGAAGUCAAGUGCUGCUCGGCAUCGGCGUUCUGGGUCUUUUCGUCGCAAUUGCCCAAACCUCAGACCAUACUCGCGUGGGAAUGAUGGCCCCCAGCACGGUUCUGACACUUCUAAAUUCCUCUACCAAGGAGGAUCAUGCUGUCGCUAACGGGUGCUUCAUUAUGAUGAGAUCACUGGGCGUGUUUGUUGCUGUUGCAUUGGGAACAACAACAUUGCAGAAUGCUUUCGAGUUCUCUUUAGCACACCAGAAGGUUGAUGAUAAAUCUCGAGAGGCAAUAGAGCAGGCGCGGCAGAAGGUUGAGUUGAUACCUACUUUGCCAGACUCAAUUCAAUCAAAAGUUGUCAAUGCGUAUUCAAUGGGAUUUGCCAUGCUGUUCGGGCUAUGUGUGCUGUCAACAGUAUUAAUCAUGCUCAGCCUCAGAGGCGUCAGUGUCCAGGAACUUGGAAAUGGAACUUAUAGCAAGCAGACUGCACCACACAAUGAGGAAGAAAAUACGGAAAUGGAACCGGUCAGAAGAUGA